GGUGCAGGAUCGUGGAUGCGCACUGCUGAGGAGUCCCAUACUAGGACGAAACGACCGUCCAGUGCUUUCAGGUUUUCCAUGGUGGUCUAGCUUCAAUUGACUCAUGAUUUCAAUCUGUGAAAUUUCUAAAAAUCUCCACAAAACGCAUUCUGAUAAUAAUCAACUGCUCACUAGUGACUGACUUCAGGAGAUACUCUUAGAGUUCUAAUGAGAAGUCUUUACCUGUGGAGUUCAACCAGGUCUGUUUUGUGAUAUCAGCUCACUGAAGACAAUGGUGUAUGGUGGUACAACUUCGUGGAUUGGUUGAAGUUAGACAUUAACACCGUUUGGUGCCGGCUCAGUGGAAUAAAUAAGUUGUAUCAAUGUCAAGAGAUUACUUUGUAUUAUUAGCUAUUAAUUUGAAAUAAAGCAAAUAAAAGUGAAAUUGAUUAACACUAUUGAAAACUAAUCUCUUACAAAUAAUUAAUAACUGACAUUAUUCAUUAGUUCAAUGAAUAAUGCUUAUCAAAUGGGUAUUAAUAUCGUGCAUCUUAAAUGGAAACUUUAUAAAAUAUAAUUAUAUUAUACUAAUGAACAAUGUUCCUUCUUAAUAGAUAUUAACUCUAUUCUAUAAUGAAUGAAAUUACAUGUUGAAUUCUGAAUGAAUUGUCAAUGUAUGUGAGUCACUUUAUAAGAGGAUGAUACAGUUUAUGGAUUAAUUUAGUUCUUUGAUGAAAAUACGUUCUAUCAUCUUAAACAUUGUAAACAGAAUUUAUCUUGUUUCAAAUCCGUACAGUUAAAAAAUGAAGUAAUGGCUUCCAUUCAAAUAACCUUAAUAAUUGCCAUUGGUCAAAUUCAUUCAGACAAUCAGCCAUACGGUGGAGCUCAAUUAAAAAUUGAAUGGGAUUAUAACAAUCCAGCAUCGUUAUUGGAGAAUGGACAAAUUUGUGAUCGUGUUGGCGGAAAAGAAUGUGAUGUUUAUUUCACAUUAUGUCUAAAAAAUGCAGCCUCAGUUACAGAUGACAUAGAUAAAUGUCAUCUACUACAGCAUACCACACGUAUAUUUGAUAAUGCUGGUUACUUAGAGUUUCGUGAAAGUGAUGGUAUUGAAAUAUUUGUACCACAACCUGUUCCUAACGAAUAUACAUUUACGUUAGGUAUAUUUGAGCAAGAUAUUUUUGGAUCCGUUGAAGUGAUUGGUACAUUGGUUGCUAAUCAUUUUUCAUUAUUACCAACAAACAAUUGGACAAACAUAAGAAUGUCCAGAGAAAAUGAUCAAUAUAAAAAUACCAUUUACGUUAAUGUAAGAAUGCGUCUUAGUUGCGUAAAAGACUAUUAUGGCAAUCAUUGUCACAUUUUCUGUAAACCAGAACCAUCUCGAUAUACUUGCAGUUCAGAUGGUUCUUAUAUUUGUCUCCCAGGACUUCGAGGACCAAAAUGUGAUAAAGAGGAUUCAUGUUUCUAUGAACCAUGUGCUGAUCAUGCAACAUGUGUAAAUAAAGAUGAUGAAAGUGGACGUAUCUGUUUAUGCAAUGGACAAGAAAAACCGGAAUGCUAUCCAAAUUAUAAUCCAUGUGAUUCAAAACCUUGUCAAAAUGGUGGUGAAUGUCAAUUAGCUGGACAUUAUAAUGAGAGUUACAUAUGUCAUUGUCCUGAACAAUGGACAGGUCAUAAAUGCAAUGAAAGACGUUCGGCAUGCUUAAAGGAGGCAGCAAAAGUUCAGCGUAAUAAUAAUUUGUCCACUGACCAUUACAACAAUUCAACUGAAGUAACGUCCGUUUGUUUAAACGGCGGUACGUGUUUUGAUCAUCCAAUCAGAUUUGAAGUUCGUUGUGUGUGUUUACCUGGUUGGAUAGGAUUAAGAUGUGAAAUACCUGUUGAAAUAGAAACAGCAAAAUCAAAUUGGAUAUUAAUAACACUCAUUAGUGUUGGAAUUGUUUUAUUUAUCACGGUUGUUCUUCUUACAAGUGGAGUUAUCUGGAAAUGUUUCAUCAGGAAACGUAAGGUACAAUAUUUAAAUAAACAUGGACCUAUUGUAUUAUAUCACAAUCCUCGAAGUUCAGCACAGUCCAAUUAUGGUAGUUCAUGUCCACUCAAUCAACAUUUCAUGAAUAUUACAUACGAAGAUACAUCUAAUAUUCCUCCAUUAAUUAAAAAAUCAUCAAAUGCUGCUUACAGUAAACAAUUAGAACCAAGUACAAUACCUGACGAAUAUGAUGAAUGUGAUCCACUAGGCAUAUAUUCUGGUACAGGAAUAUAUGAAACUGGAUUUCCACCAGAUGAGAAUACAGAAGGUAUUGAUAAUAAAAAUAAUCCAUUAACAACAACAGGAAGAAUAUCAGAUCCUUUUGAUGAAAAUGCUCCUCCUUUACCUGAUCGAUCGGAAACAUAUGGUUCUCCAUCAAUUCAAAUGGUUUAUGACUUCAAUCAAUCAAUGGAUAAGAAAAGACCACAAUCACCGUCAAACUUAAGUACAUUUACAAAUAAUUUUAAUGACUCAACUACAUAUCGAUCUAUUAUGAAACAUGACCACAUAACAAAUGUUUCAGCAAUUCAUUCACCUGUUUUUGAAAAUCGACCAAAGAUUUAUAGACGAACCUCAAGUGUUUGUGACGCAUAA